UUGAUUGCGCCAGAGAUCGUCAGGUAUACUGGUAUACUCAUAUAUAUUGGCAUGGCCUUAUGGAGUUCUAGUUACUGACCUCUCGAACACUGUCAACGGAGACCAAGUAGGCCUACUGAGGCACCGUUAUGUAAACAUGGACAUAGAUAUGAACCUUACAGUUUACAUAACCACUCCGACAUGGCUAACCUGCGGAUUCUGCAGCGAGGACGGAAGCAGAUUUCAACAUAUCUACCAGUAUCAUCACAAGGCAUAAAAUUACAAAGACAAGUAUGCAAUUCUUCCUGUACAAGUAUCACGAGAUGCUGGCAGCCUGUAGUGUCACAGAGGCGCCAUCUAUCUGUCUCAUCACCAUCAGAUGUCUACGACUAUGUGAUUGUAGGCGCAGGAUCGGCAGGGUGUGUGUUGGCCAAUCGGCUGUCAGCAGACCCAAACAACAGAGUCCUGGUCCUGGAAGCAGGGCCGGAGGAUAAAUGGUGGAACUGGAAAAUCCACAUGCCGGCAGCCAUGCCAUACAACCUGUGCAAUGACAAGUACAACUGGUACUACAAUACUGUGCCUCAGAAACGCCUGAACAAUCGUGUUAUAUACUGGCCUCGUGGUCGUGUGUGGGGAGGCUCUUCCGCUCUCAACGGCAUGGUCUACAUCCGUGGACAUGCCUAUGAUUAUGAGAGGUGGGAGAAAGAGGGCGCCACUGGUUGGUCCUAUGCAGACUGUUUGCCAUAUUUUCGCAAGGCUCAAACCCAUGAUAACUGUGCAGAAGAUGAGUACAUAGGUGGCGCUGGACCUCUCCAUGUGUCUCGUGGAAAUAGAACCAACCCACUAUUUAAGGCCUUCAUAGAGGCGGGACUGCAGGCAGGUUAUCCGUACACCUCAGACCAAAAUGGCUACCAGCAGGAAGGCUUUGGACCAAUGGAUAUGACGGUUCACAAGGGCAAGCGUUGGAGCGCCUCCCAGGGUUACCUCCGUCCUGUGCUAGGGCGGCCCAACCUCACUGUCACUGCCCGGACUAUGACACAUAGGGUUGUGUUCGAGGCACAGAAAGCUGUUGGCGUGGAAUAUAAACAGAACUCUCAGGUAAAAACCGUCAGGGCAGCCAAGGAGGUCAUAUUGGCAGGUGGCGCCAUCAACUCCCCCCAGUUGCUCAUGUUGUCAGGGGUGGGGGACGGGGACGACCUGAGGGAGCUGGGAAUACCUGUGGUACAGCACCUGCCAGGAGUGGGACAGAACCUACAGGACCACUUGGAGAUAGGCCUACAACAAGAGUGCACCCAGCCCAUCACCCUGUACACUGCCCAGUGGAAGUUCCCUCACAACAUGAUCCGUAUAGGUCUCCAGUGGUUCCUUAGCCACUCAGGAAUGGGCGCCACCACACACAUGGAGGUCGGGGGGUUCAUCCGCAGCGCCGCCGGUGUCCAGCACCCUGAUAUUCAGUUCCACUUUUUGCCGUCAACUUUCAACGAUCAUGGUCGCAAACCUGGAGAUCGUCAUGCAUUUCAGGCCCAUAUUGGUACCCUGCGUUCUGCCAGUACGGGGCACAUCAAGCUGAAGUCUAGAGACCCCAAUGAUCAUCCACUUAUAGAUGCAAAUUAUAUGUCCAUGGAGCAGGACUGGGAGGAAUUCCGCGUGGGCCUGCGUUUAACCAGGGAAAUAUUUUCUCAGAAAGCUUUUGACGAGUUUCGUGGACCAGAACUGAAACCAGGGCUUUCUGUCCAAACAGACGCUGAAAUAGAUGCCUUUGUGAGGGCAACAGCAGACACUGUGUAUCACCCAUCAUGUACAUGUAAGAUGGGGGCCGCUGAUGACAAGAUGGCGGUAGUGAACAGUAGCGGCCAGGUGUACGGUCUGAAGAACCUGCGCGUGGUCGACGCAUCAAUUAUGCCAAGUAUGGUCAGUGGCAACCUGAAUGCUCCAACUAUUAUGAUCGCAGAGAAAUGUGCUGAUGUCAUUCUGGGUAAGCCCCCACUGGCGCCAUCUAGUGCCAAAGUGUGGCAACCAAGUACUUUAGAAACACAAAGAACAACUGUUGGGAUAGCAACAUGAACUGGAUAAAGUCCCUCAAUACUGAUGUCAGCAUUUCUGAUAUCACCAUUCCUGGAUGCAGAACUGACAUUGUCUUUCUUAAACAGCCAGUCAAACAGUGAGAAUUCUGUCUUUGUUUUUAUUCAGACUGAAUAAUUAAUUUUAUAAAUAAAAGCAUGAUUGUUAUUUUCACUUCUUGCGUUUAUUUUGCAAGUGUUCGUAUAGCACUGAUUCCAAAUAAAAAAGCAUGUUCUAAAUUAUUUGCUAAAAAGCAAAAACAAUUAAAUAUACAUAUUAGUUUGCCUUCCAAUGAAUGAAUGUGUAUUUGUAAAAUACACCCAUCUCUUUAUAUUUUCUCUCAAGUAAUAUUAUCACAGUUGUAAAGUGUGAGUGAAAAAGGUUUGCAAAGGUAAAAGAACAAAUUAAUUCAGAAAGACAUUAAAAUUUGUUACACACUACAUUUACUAGUACACAUUUUGCACACACUACAUGUUCUAUAACUAUAGAAAACAAAUGCGAAAAAAAGAGGUUAAAAAGUACAACACCAAAGGAAUGACAAAACCAGAGAAUUAACAUAUUCAAAUUUAAUCAAAACAAGCAAAUAAAAUCCAUUCCCAUGCAUGAGCUACAUUUUCUACAGGUAUAAAUAUGACUAUGGGAGCAGAUUCACCCUCAGUAUAAUUUUAUCACACUAGGUCAGCCCGUUUCACAAAAAGAAAGUUUUGAGGUUAAGUUUGGACUGAUUAGCUACUUGGAACAAAAUAAAAAUUUAUAUAGCCGAAUAUAUGAAGUCAACUUUUCUUAUGUGUGUUUAAUGUGCCUUAAUGGGCUGCUGCUAUCUCUGACAGGGAAAAAUCAUUGUCAGUACAAUUACAACUUUUCAUAAGGGUUUAGUUACAGUCAUUACAUAAAAAAGGGAAGUAGACCUUUAGGUUCUUAACAAAAUGGAAUUUAGUUGGCUAAAAUUCUUAAUGGUCUUUGCUAAGACCAACAUUUUACUUAAGCUAUUUUGUGAAACAGGUGCUAGGACUAUUAUUAAAAAAAAAAA